AUGAAUCUCAUAAUCUGGCUGUGCUUGGUAGUGUUGACCACUCAACACCCACGAUACCUCGUGAGCCCCUCUGGCUACGGCAACAAUAAUGCAGGCGAUGUACAGUAUGCAGCAGGAAAAUCACCACAUAACAAACCUGUGGACUACACUUCAGGAACCGGUGGCAACCCACCCAAAUAUGUCAAGCCAGUAGGUGAAAACACUGGAUCAUAUCGACCACCACAUGAUGCUCCCACUUACGCUGCCAUCCUCGUACCGAAUUACAAUGUCAUCGGAAACAAGAUCGAUUCCCAGACUCUUGGACAGAUCAACACCCAAGGACAGCAAAAUGUUCAAAAGGGUGGUGAUCAGACUAACGUCGGAGCUAAUGCCAACCAAGUCAAUGUCCGUCAAGCUAACACCGAGGGUGGAGCUGCUGGAGGGUACAGACCUUACGAUAUUCCCACGCGCGCUGCUCUUCGAAUUCCAAACUACAACGUGACCGGGAACAGAAUUGAUGCUCAAACUCUUGAACGGGUGAACAUCCAACGUCAAACACUUAUACAGAAAGGCGAAGAUCAGACUAACGUAAGCAGCAUUGCUACCGCCGUAAACGUCGGACAAGUCAACAACCUGGGAGAAACUAGCACCGAACCUAGCAACGAUGUACCACGCAAUCGUGGUCCAACCAUAAUUGCUGAGAACAAAGUGAGACAACACCUUGGACAGUAUAACAAUCAGGGACAGAGAAAUUAUCAGCAGGGAGGAGCCCAGACUAAUCUAGGUUAUAACAAGAACGUCGUCAACGUCAGUCAGAGCAACACUCAAAGUGUUGGUGGACAAAAAAUGUACUUCUUCGCAUUGCUUCUUCUCGGAGUUGGCUGUGCAUUUGCUAAUUACGAUACCCAGCCGUCUGGUUACGGUAACAAUAACGCGUACGAGGUGCAGCAUAUGGCUAAGAAGUCACCCUACAACAAGCCAGUAGACUACACUAAGUCUAAUGACUUCCCCAGCGGUUUCAAUUUCUUCGGAAACAAAUUCUCUCAGCAAAAUCUUGGCCAGCACAACCAACAAGGACAAACUAACGUCCAGAAGGGAGGUGACCAAAAAAAUGUAGGAGUGAAUCAGAACGAGGUCAAUGUUGGACAGCAAAAUAAACAGAAAGUCAGAGGAUAUGACGCCCCAUACAGGCCCACUUACCCCGGCGGCUACAACCCAAACCCAGCUACUAACAUCCUCGGCAAUAACUUUGAUCUACAGACUCUCGGACAGGUUAACACCCAGGGACAGACUAGCGUACAACAAGGAGGUGAUCAGACAAACGUCGGAUCUAACGCCAAUGCCGUGAACGUUGGACAAACCAACACUCAGGGUGGUGUAAGUGGUGGGUACAAGCCCAGUUAUGAUGCUCCUCGUCCCUAUGGCGGUUACCAGGGUGGAUAUAACCCAGCCACCAACAUCUUUGGCAACAACUUCGAUUUGCAAACCCUCGGACAAGUCAACACCCAGGGACAACAAAAUGCACAGAUCGGUGGUGCUCAGACCAAUGCAGGAGUCAACCAAAAUGCCGUAAACGUUGGACAAACCAACACGCAAGGAGGAGCUGGAGCAGGAGCAGGUUACAGACCUUCAUACGAUGCUCCUUCUUAUGGAGCCGUGCUGAUUCCAAUCAAUCCCUCAACAGGAGGAUAUGCCGGAGGAUACGCAGGUGCAGGUGGAAAUGUCGUAGGAAACAAAUUCGAUGUCCAAAAUCUAGGACAGGUCAGCAGCCAAGGCCAAGCAAACUUGCAGAAGGGAGGUGAUCAAACAAAUGUCGGUCUGAACCAGAACGCUGUAAACGUAGGCCAGCAGAACAAUCAGGGAGGUGCGGGAGCAGGAUACAAGCCUUCAUACGAUGCUCCAAGUUACGGAGCCGGAGCCGGCGCAGGAUACAACGGCGGACCAAUCUACGUUCCUGACUUCAACAACUUCAUCAAGAACAACGUCAAUUCACAGACUCUCGGACAGGCCAAUACCCAAGGGCAAGUGAAUGUGCAGAAGGGAGGUGAUCAAACUAAUGUCGGAUCCAACGCGAACACCGUCAAUGUUGGUCAGCAGAACAAUCAGGGAGGUGCGGGAGCAGGAUACAAGCCUUCAUACGAUGCUCCAAGCUACGGAGCCGGAGCCGGCGCAGGAUACAACGGCGGACCAAUCUACGUGCCUGACUUCAGCAACUUCAUCAAAAACAACGUUAAUUCACAAACUCUCGGACAGGCCAAUACCCAAGGGCAAGUGAAUGUGCAGAAGGGAGGUGAUCAGACAAAUGUCGGAUCCAACGCGAACACCGUUAACGUUGGCCAACAAAACAAUCAGGGAGGGAACGGCGGCUCCUAUGGAAAACCAUCUUACGAUGUCCCCAGAUAUGCUGCCAUUCUUAUCCCUAACUACAACGUGAUUGGCAAUAAAAUAGAUUCCCAAACUCUUGGACAGGCCAACACCCAAGGGCAAACCAAUGUACAAAAGGGAGGUGACCAGACUAAUGUCGGAUCUAAUGCCAACGCCGUCAACGUUGGACAAACUAAUGCCCAGGGGACAGUCGGAACUGGACCAAGCUAUGAUGAACCAAGAAGAGGAGGAUUUACAGCUAUUGGAAACAGAGUGAAGCAGCAAAACCUCGGUCAACGCAAUUUACAGGGACAAGGCAGUUAUCAGCAGGGCGGAGCUCAAGGCAAUUUCGGCUUCAACUCAAAUGUUGUCAAUGUUAGCCAGACCAACAACCAAUCCGUUAAUGGCGUCAAGAUCGCACAUCGCCAAGUAGUAUGGGCCAGCAAUCUAAUCGUCAACCUUUUCAACAAUCAACUUUGA